CAGGUGGCUGUUGUGGCUCUGAUGUAAAGCAGUAUGUAUAUGGAGGCUGGGCCUGGGCUUGGUGGUGCAUUACUGACACCCAAAGGAUUUCCCUAGAGAUAAUGACGUUACAGCCCAGGUGUGAGGACGUAGAGACGGCGGAGGGGGUAGCUUUAACUGUCACAGGUGUGGCACAGGUGAAGAUAAUGACCGAGAAGGAGCUCCUGGCUGUGGCCUGUGAGCAGUUCUUGGGGAAGACCGUGCAGGAUGUGAAGAACGUGGUCCUCCAGACGCUGGAGGGGCAUCUGCGCUCCAUCCUAGGUACCCUGACAGUGGAACAGAUCUACCAGGACAGGGAUCAGUUUGCCAAGCUGGUGCGGGAGGUGGCAGCUCCUGACGUGGGUCGCAUGGGUAUCGAGAUCCUGAGCUUCACCAUCAAGGAUGUCUAUGAUAAAGUGGAUUACCUGAGCUCCCUGGGAAAGACUCAGACUGCGGCUGUCCGAAGGGAUGCAGACAUUGGUGUGGCAGAAGCCGAGCGAGAUGCUGGCAUUCGGGAGGCAGAGUGCAAGAAAGAAAUGCUGGAUGUCAAGUUCAUGGCAGAUACCAAAAUAGCAGAUUCCAGACGGGCUUUCGAAUUGCAGAAAGCUGCCUUCAGUGAGGAGGUCAACAUUAAGACUGCGGAGGCCCAGCUGGCCUACGAGCUCCAGAGUGCGCGGGAGCAGCAGAAGAUCCGCCAGGAAGAAAUUGAAAUAGAGGUGGUGCAGCGCAAGAAGCAGAUUGAUGUUGAAGAGAAGGAGAUCAUCCGGAUGGAGAAGGAGCUGAUAGCCACUGUGAAGCGGCCGGCCGAGGCCGAAGCCUACCGUAUCCAGCAGAUCGCCGAGGGCGAGAAGGUGAAGCAAGUCCUCAUUGCUCAGGCGGAGGCAGAAAAGAUCCGUAAGAUGGGAGAAGCAGAGGCCUAUGUAAUUGAGGCCAUCGGGAUGGCGGAGGCUGAGAGGAUGAAGCUGAAGGCUGAAGCACUCCAGCAGUAUGGAGAAGCUGCCCAGCUGGCUCUAGUGCUGGAUGCGCUGCCUGAGAUCGCUGCCAAAGUGGCUGCUCCCCUCUCCAAAGUGGACGAGAUCGUUAUUCUCAGCGGAGAGAGCAGCGACAAAAUGUCCGAGGUGAACCGUCUGCUGGCCGAGAUCCCCGCCUCUGUGCGUGCCAUCACCGGUGUGGAUCUCACAAAGAUCCCCCUGAUCCAGAAAGCCACCGGGGCCCAGGCAUGAGGCUGGCCAACCCAAAGCUAGUGAAGAUCACUCCCUGUUAUGCACUCAGACAUCAACUGCCUUCAACACGUGGGAAUUCCUUUUAUAUCAAAGACAAUUGGAGUUUCAUUUUUAAGCUCUGGUGCCUUAUUUUGUAGGGCCAGAAAGAUGCAUGUCCAAUCAGCUGCUCUUUUUAUUAC